GCCGAUUCGACUGCCUUCGUGUACGCUUUGCUCUUAUUCUUCGUUCGCCUGGCUGCGUUGCUGUAACUUUCACUAGCGCAACUCACAUCAAAAACAUAAAACUCGCGUAAAAAUGGGCUCUGGCAAACAACAGAAAGUGCAAUCAUCCGGUUUCACCAAGGAGGAGGAGCUGCUGCUACAGGACUUCAGUCGCAACGUCAGCACCAAAUCGGCGACAAUCUUCUAUGGCAACGCUUUCAUCGUCUCCGCUCUGCCAAUAUGGCUCUUCUGGCGCAUCCACAACAUGGACCUGUGGCCCAGCUCUAUUCUGUUCGUGCUGGUGACUGCGGCAAGCACCUACUUGAUGGCAACGGCCUACAAGAACAUCAAGUUCCAGCUUAAACACAAGAUUGCAGUUCGCCGUGAGGAAGCUGUUACACGCGAGGUGAACCGUCAGCUGGGCGACGACAAGAAGGUCACGCGCAAGGAGAAGGACGAACGCAUCCUGUGGAAGAAGAAUGAAGUUGCCGACUACGAGGCCACAACCUAUUCGAUUUUCUACAACAAUGCCAUCUACUUGGCCAUCAUCAUCUUCAUCAGCUUCUUCCUGCUGAAGAAUGCCACACCGUUUGUCAACUACAUCUUCUCCAUCGGCAUCGCGAGUGGUGUCCUGGCGUUAUUCUCCACCAGCGCUCAAACGAACUGAACAAUAUAGAUAUGCAUGUACUCGUAAUGUUAGGCCCAUUAAGAGAUUCUUACCUUAAAAGUGCAAGCAGCAAAUUCCAUUCAUCACUGGCUCGCAUUGUUGACUUGAUUGUAAACAUUUUAGCUAUUUCGAGAAUAUAAAUUUUAUAAUGAAA